AUUCCAAAUGACUUUUAUAAUGUUGUUAAGAGUGCCAUUGUAAGUGAAUCCUGGAAAAAAAAACAGCUUGAUAGGAUUUUUUUCUGGGUCAAACCUAAUGUUUUUCGACUACUAUAACCGUCAGCAUUAUGCUUCUACAUCCAGGCUUUUUUUUUUUCUUGAAGUGUAUUAUUCACUUUCUUCUGGUAACUUUUUACUUUAUUGUUUUCAGUAGGCUUUGCUAGUUGCUAGUGAGAAAGGCCAGUAUUUUGGGGUGCCUUGUCACCCUUAUGUGUGAAGGUAAAUGAGAUUAUGCCCAAUUAUUAUAUAUUUUAAAAACUUUAGUUUUUUUUUUUCCUAACCUUAAAAAUGUUGUUCCACAGUACAUCAAUAGACCAGACAGCAGUGAUAUGGGUUUGGCAAAGCGAGACCAACACUGUGGAAUGUGUGAGUGAGUGUCGUGGUCACACUCAGAGUGUUGAGUGUGUUGCUGUCGACCACAGCAAGCAGUUUUUUGCAACUGGUUCAUGGGACAAUAUGUUGAAGAUCUGGUCUACAGUUAACAAAGGUGUUGAGGAGGAAGAGGAAGAGGAGGAUGAAGAACGUGAUUUGAAGAAAAGACGAGCAGCAAAGAAGCCUCAGAAGAAGGUAAAUAUUAGUACAGUCACACCCUGUCCUACGUAAUUGAUUCCAAGAGCCAUGACAUAACCUGGU